AUGCGCGUUUCUCUCUUAGCUGCCCUCGUCGGGUCCCUUCUCACGCCGUUCGCACGCGGGCGAGCCACCGUCGUCCUUGAACACAACCAGACGCUUCCAGACGGAUGGCGGAUCGAGGCCGGCGCACCAUUACAAGAGACGCUCAGUGUUUCCAUUGCACUUGCGCAGCCCAAGUUGGGAGAACUCGAGGCGUACAUGCUACAACAGAUCGGUCGCCCAACCUCAUCGUCUACACACCUUUCACUCGCACAACUUGCAACCUACCAAGCACCACACAAAUACGCUGUCGACCACGUCCUGGGCUGGCUAGCCGACAGCGGUGUCAAUGACACAAUUGUAGAAGGGGCGUGGGUGAGGUUCAAUGCUACCGUCGACAUUAUACAAGCAUUAUUCGAGGCCAACAUAUCCUACUAUACCUACAGGAACAGCACAACGCCCGUUCUGCGCGCACAGUCGUACUCCAUCCCAAAGUCUCUGGCCGAUUAUGUGGACUUCGUCUUUCCACUGGCCCAGUUCAUGCCGCCAGCAGACGCUCGUCGACUUCCUAAGACGCGACUGGCACAAGAUGCACGGCCUGGUAAGAGGCUCACAAGGAUGGAAAGGAGACAAACAAAAGGCUCAGGCAGUGGGGCAGGAGGCGGCCCUGGCAACAAUGGUGGUAGCGGCCCCGGAGGUGCUCCCGGUGGCGGAAACGCCGGUGGUCCUUGGGGAGGUCGGGGUAACCCAGGAUGGGAUGGCCCUGGACCAGGCCUCGGCCAUUGGAACGGGACCUAUCCACUUUGGUCCCCGUUCAUGGCCUGUAUACCCAACCUGGUGACGCCGGCUUGCAUUCGCCAAAUGUACAACUGGUCGCUGCCCGGCCAUCCUGGACCUACGAAAUUCAACUUUACCAUUCCACCUGCACCGUGGAUAAUACCCACUACUCGUUCAAUUCCCGCACCAACGGGCCGGUUCGUCAGAGCUGCAAGAACUGCAGCAUCUGGAGUCUCUCCAGACUCAGAAACUACAACGUCAGCAUUAAACAUAGGAGUAUCAUUGGAACCUGGGAAGCCGGUUCCAUUUGAUCCGUUUCAAUUGUCUUCCAAAACGGUAACAUCGGCAUUUAUACAGUCAUCUUCGCCUACCAAGCCGCCCACCACAAUUUCAUCGACGUCAACGCCGUCAACGUCAACACCAUCAACACUGUCAACACCGUCAACACCCGACGGACGCUCGCUGGUGCGAUUUGGCAUCGCCGGCUUCUUAUCCGAAUACGUCAACCACCAAGAUGUUGCCGAGUUUCUCCAGUUUUCCGCCCCAAGCAUUGGCUUUCCGGGCCCCGGCAACCCGGUUUACAACUUCACCACAGUGAAUGUAAACAACGGGGCGAACAUUCAGAUGCCGAGAUUCCUCGCUGGCAUGGAGGCAUCGUUGGAUGUCGAGUACGCUAUGGCGCUAGGCUACCCGUCACAAAUCAUAUUCUACAGCACCGGUGGCGUCGCCGAUAAGAUCAAUCCGGCUGGCAGCCGGCGAGACCCAAGGCAUUCGAACAACGAACCGUACCUCGACUUGCUCGAAUUCCUAAUUGCCCAACCGGCGGACACCAUACCACACGUGCUGUCUAUAUCUUACAGUGACGAUGAGCAAACUGUGCCGCAGCCAUACGCAACGCGUGUAUGUCAGUUAUUCAUGCAGCUGGCGGCCCGCGGAACUACCGUUCUCGUGGCCACGGGCGACGGCGGCAGCCAUGGAAUCAGCGAUUCUUGCAUUCAUGGCGAUGGCUCUAACAAACAUCCGUUGCAGCCAACAUUUCCCGCGUCCUGUCCGUGGGUUACGGCUGUGGGCUCGACCGAGAUUGGCAUUUGGGGGCCUGGCGCCGUCCCACCGGCGAUUGGCGCCGAAUACAGCUCCGGUGGCUUUAGCAACUAUUUUCCCCGUCCGGCAUGGCAGAACGAUACUGUCAAUACGUAUCUAGGCCGCUUUGGUGAUAGCAAAGCCGGGCUCUUCAACCGUUACGGGCGAGGUGUACCUGAUAUAUCUGUCAUCGGGUCAAAUUUUGCCGUCACAUGGGGCGGCGUGCCAUCAAUGGCAACCGGCACCAGUGCCAGCACACCUGUUGUGGCGGCGAUGGUAGCUUUGGCCAAUGAUCGGAGGCUGAAAGCGGGAAAGUCGCCGCUGGGCUGGCUUAAUGGAGCACUGUAUUCGCCUCGGGUGCAGAGUAUACUGGAGGAUGUUACCUUUGGUAUUAGCAAGGGAUGCAUGCCGUUCAACCGGACUGUGUGGCCGACUGGUUGGCCAGCUGCAACCGGGUGGGACGCAGUGACCGGCCUUGGUGUGCCAAACGAUUUUGACAAGUUCUCGGCUGCACUUUUGGAAGUCUGA